UGACGUCAGACGAUCAGAUGAGAGAACAACAACAAACUGAUAGAGACGUCUGAACACUAGCACCUGUAAUGACUGCUCUCUCACCUAUUGUAUGGUGUAGGCAGCCUGCAGAGCUUCACCUUCAUGUCUAGCAAGAGGGACACUAGCACAAGGGAUGGCACUAGAAGCUUUCUUGGGUCCAUGAUGACUUAUUUUGCAGUUACAAGCACUAAAAACACUGGGAUAAUGUGAAAUGUACCAAAUGUAUGUGUAGAUGCGACCUCACUGGCUGGCUUGUAAACACUGGCGCUGAGGCCUUACGUGGGACGCGUCCCGGACGAAUCACGGGAUAUUGUGCAUUGUUAUUCUGUAUGGUGCAUAAUGGAAAUCUGAAUGCUGCGAUCAAAAUUAACGAUUAUGAAGGGGUCUAAAGAUUUAUCUGCUGAUGAGCCAGAUUGUUUGAGGCUCAGAGCACAGCAGCAAGUGGUACAACUGUGGUCAUAUCAAUAUGGUCUGCGUCUGCGGCAUCUUACACAAGUGGUGGGAAGAAAUCUUCAAGGGCAUGGCACCCAUCCUCGCCCAGUCCCAGCCUCCCCCCUCCCAUCAAAACGACCUCGUCCUCCUGCAACCAUGGGUUAUAACUUCACUCUUCAUGCUCCAUCAAAUAAAGAAGAACUCUUUUCAAGUGAACUUCAGAGCACUGCAAAUCCAGAUUGGCUGGAAAUUGAGCCAGAGGGUAUAAAAGCUAUUCAUCAAAGAUCUCUGAAAGGUAUCUUGAUUCGAUUGUGGUUUACUCCAGAAGGGGAAAAUGCUCAGCUUGUAACUACUUGGGGAGUACAUUUCAGUGGUUUAGUUCCCGUUGGUGCAGUACUGCCCUAUGACCACGAGAAGUACAAGCCAAAUACAUUAGUUUUCAAAUUGAGAGACUUAUUCUACACAGCGCCAGAGAAUUAUCUCUACACUCCCUCUGAAAAAUCACCACCACGACUUUGUUAUGGAUUUGUAUUACCAUUGUUAGAGACAAAGCGAUGUUAUACUGUUAGUGCUCUAUCAAGGUUACAUAGCAUGAAGCGUGCUCAAAGGCAACAGGAAAUCAAGUGUCAGGAGACUCGUGAUUUUCUUGAGCUUCGAGGAGUCACUAGAACAUCACGCACCGAGCAGUUGGCAACACAGGUUGAAGACUGCCGUGUGAAGGUAGCAUUACUCAGGGAACAGCUAGAGGCUGAGAUUGACCAACUUCGAGCACUUAAGCUCUCGGCUGAUAGUCUUGAUAAUCAAAACCAAGAGAAGGGUCUGGAACUACUGGGAGGAUACCAAGAGCUCCACCGUCAGCUAACGAAUGUCAAAGGCUUGCAGGAAAUGGCAAGCUCUGAUAGUGAAAAACUUCGAGAUGCUUGUCUGUGUCUCAGUGAUUGGCGUAAACAGCUUAUUGCUCAACUUCCUAUAAUCUACCCAAUCACUCAGGACAGUGAUGGCAAGGUUUAUAUUUGUGGUGUUCACUUGCCUGAUGCAGAAAGUUAUGAUGGCUUCAGUGAUAUAAAUCUUAGUGUGGGACUUGGAUUUGUUUCACACCUGAUUGUGUUAAUCUCCCAGUUGUUACACCUACCUCUACGCUAUCCUGUCAAGCCCAACGGCUCAUUCUCCACCAUCACGGAUACAACUUCUGUGCAGCUCCGUGACACCGAAAGAGAGUUCCCAUUAUAUACCCGGGGGAAAGAGAGGGAGAAGCUGCAUUUUAACUAUGGUGUGUUUUUACUAAACAAGAAUAUUGCCCAGAUGAGGUGGUAUUGCGGCAUCCCCACGCCAGACCUACGACUUACUCUACCAAAUUUAAGCUUUAUGUCAAAGCUCAUUCAAAAUGGCACUGUGGGUAACCAAUCUGCAGCAGUGAUGCCAGAUGUAAUGAUGCCUGUCUCAGCUUCAUCUACCCGUAUCAAUCUUGAGGUUCGCACUCCUGCUAGUCUCUUACAUCAGCAUCGUUCCCCACGUCUGCCACUAAAUCCCCUUGCUCGUAGCACAUCGCAAGAGCAUCCUAAAGGUUUCACAGAUAAUAAUUAUGAUGAUAGUGUAUCACAGUGGAAAAUCACAAAGUCUGGUAGUGAAACAAAUUCAAGUGAUGCAUCGCCUGUAAAAGCAUCACUGUAUGUAAGGGAAGCUGAACCACUGAAUGGGAAAGACAGUACUGGAAAAUUUGUGUUUGUUGAUAAAGUUCAAAAUCCUUUAGUUGAUUCUAGUCAAAUGGAACAGAAUUUAGAGGAAAGGUUAUCUCACUCAAAUGGCUUCAGUUUUUCCCUUGAUAAUGGUCUUAAUCAUAUUGGUGGAAAACAUAAUCCAUAUUACAAGAUUAAAAACCUCUCUUGUUGUGAUGAUAUGAAACUGAUGAAUAAUGUCUCCAAGGCUCUUGGCUUUGUGCGGGGAUCAGAUCCUAGCUUAUUAGCAAAUUCAGAUUUAGCUGCAGCAGGGGAAGAAGAAAUUCUCCCUGUCUUCAAAGAGCAAACUACAGAGUUACUUAGAUCAUGGCAUGAAGAUGAGCCUUCUCACUACACAGGUGUAUUUGAGGUGGGUAGCUCUGAGAGGUUAGAGGAAGUUGGCAUUGAGUGUGAUGAAUCGUUCAUGUGCUUAGCAGAUGAAAGACGAAAAAUAGAAAUGGAGCAAACAGAAGAAAACAAAGAAAUUGCAUUAACAGUAGCAGUAUCUGACAACCUAGAUGCUAAGAUCUCAGGGGAAAAUAUAAAAACAGAUAAGUCUACCCCUGGGAAAGAACUUGAAGGCAAUUUAGACAACCUAAAAUGUGAGAAAGAUGCUGUUUUAUCUCUCUCAGAAUUUGGGGUUACCGAAGACAUGUUUCUUAGUGAUGUUGCUUUGAGAACAGCAGCUUUAGCAAGCCAGAAUUGCAGUUUCAAAAUGUCAUUCUCAAGACAGAGCACAGAAGAUGAAUAUCAUUAGCAAAUAUUUAAUUUGUAUUAUAAUUUUUAUAAACCUUUAAAACAUAGCUUUAUAUUUAAUGCACAUAGAAUAUAUAUCGAGCAGGGUUCUUCAACCUUUUAUAUAUAUG